ACCCAAACAUAUCCUUCACUUCGGUACAUCAAAACUCUGUACAAAGCCGUAUAUUGUUCUACUAUUUUCUUAAUUUCUACACUUUACAAAACAAUAAAAAGUAAAUAUGUCAAAGACCAAAGAAAAACAGACUGGACUGCAUAAAGUUAUCAUGGUUGGAAGCGGCGGCGUUGGAAAAUCCGCGCUUACUUUACAGUUCAUGUAUGAUGAAUUUGUGGAGGACUAUGAGCCGACGAAAGCGGAUAGCUAUCGGAAGAAAGUCAUGUUGGACGGGGAAGAAUGUCAAAUUGACAUAUUGGAUACAGCGGGGCAAGAGGAUUACGCUGCUAUUCGCGACAACUAUUUUCGCAGCGGCGAAGGCUUCUUGUGUGUAUUUUCAAUAACAGAAACUGAAUCGUUUCAAGCCACUGGCGAUUUCCGAGAACAAAUACUACGUGUAAAGGGCGAUGAAAACAUCCCAUUCUUGCUGGUUGGCAAUAAGGCAGAUUUGGCUGACAAACGUCAAGUAACACAAGAAGUAGCCAAUGGCAAGGCUGAGGAGUGGAAGGUCCCAUACGUUGAAACAUCCGCAAAAACCAAGGAAAAUGUUGAUAAGGUAUUUUACGAUUUGAUGCGAGAGAUCCGCUCACGUAAAAUGGAAGAUGGCAGCAAGUCGACUAGCAAACCGAAAAAGGGUAAAAAAAGGAAAUGUACUAUACUGUGAGAAAUUGGUUGGCAAAUGUGGAACUGGUAUCAGAUACUCUUUGAGUAUUAACAUCUGCCAAUACUUACAGCUUAGUAACAUAGACAUUGGAACUAAAAUAACUCAUUGAAUUCACUUCGGACACUGAGAAAAUGAUUUGACAGAGACAAAUAUACAUAAUAUGUAGAGAUGUAAGACAUUUCUAACUGAGAUUAUUAAAAUCAUGCACAACACAUCUGCUUGCAAGGAGCAUCUGUACUAAAACAUUUAUAUGUAUAUUGGUGUUUUGCAUACAGGUGUGUUGAAUAUCGCAAAAAAAUGUUGUAUUUCCUUGGUUGUUACUUAAGAUCAUAUUUAUUUUUUUUCAAAUGCACCUUGUCAAAGUAGCUUUUGUAGGAAAUUCCCAUUGGUGAAAGGCUGGCGUUAGGAUUAGAGAGCAACUACAUGUUCAGAUAUUUUUUCACUAGGAGGGCAACUUGUGUAACAUGUUUUUAUUCUCACAUCUUAUUUGCAUACCGAUUUGCAUUUGGCAAGCCACCUAAACUUAAUUUUGUAGGAGAGCUGUAACUACUCUCAUUUUCCUAGACAAGUUAUCUGAACAACACACUUAAUGUUGAUUGUUUGCACAGAAUACCUUAUAAGUCCUCUACACAUCCAACAUAGUAUUUUAGCAAAUGUUUUUUCAGCACUUGUUAAAAGUAUCCUAAACCCUGACCUAAAAUGCAAAGCUCAUCCUAAUUAUUCUUUGACCAUAGUUCUGAACUGAACUCUAACCUUAGUCCUCACCCUUAGCCAAAAACAGGAAUUGCCUAUAAUAUGCAAGCCAUACGACCCUUUGAUGAUUUUAUUAAUAUUUGAGACCAGAUUGAAUUUCCUCAUCUAUUUUAUUAUAUGCAUGUUCCAAAAAAAUCAUUUAGGUAUGUGUGUGUUUUUUACAAAUUCUUUAUACUACAGGGUG